ACAGCGACUCGGGGGCCUCUGGGGAAUGCUGGGAAAUGUAGUCCAGGAGCCCCGCGUAGUCGGAGGUAUUUCCGCUGCGGAAGGUUAAGAUCGCGGCCUUCGGGCUCUUUCUGGGAGGGACCACUGUUUCCUGGACCUCAUCAUAUUCUUUUUAGAGUGCCUAGCAGCAACCGAGGGGUUGGCCAAGAAGAGUUAUUCAGUCAAAGCAGCAGAGAGACAAGAUCUAGAAUACCGAUUUCAAUGUGAGAGCUGGAUUCCAAUUCCACCCAUGUGUUGUGACCUCCCCAAGUCCCAGCUUCCUCAUCUCUUAAAUAGGAACAACAGUCCUCAUCAUCAUUGAUUGAGAACUUCCUAAAAAUGCCAGCUGAGAACAGAGGUGUAGGUGAUUGGAUCAGAGUCACACAACUAGUACCACUGUAGCUUCUUCACAAGAAAACAAGUCAUCCUUGUAACCUUAAAUAUUACUGCAAAGACAUCAUGUUAAGUAUGACAGACCAGAGAGAAUAACAUAUUUCAGAAGUUAAAGGACUCAGCCCUUCCCUGGAAGGAGAAGAACAGAAUGACCAAGUUCAAGGAGACGGUGACAUUCAAGGAUGUGGCCGUGAUCUUCACGGAGGAGGAGCUGGGGCUGCUGGACCCUGCCCAGAGGAAGCUGUAUGGAGAUGUGAUGCUUGAGAACUUCAGGAACCUGCUCUCUGUGGGGCAUCAGCCCUUCACGCCAGAUGUAAUACUCCAGUUAGAGAGGGGAGAAAAGCUUCGGAUGGUGAAGAUGGCAGCCUGGGGUCCCAGCGCCUCAGGAGACAAGAAUCUAAAUGACACGGAGACUCUUCAGGAAAUUGGAUUAAAGUACCUGCCACAUGAAGAGCUGUUUUGCUCCCAAAUCUGGCAACAGGUUACAAAGGAGUUAACCCUGUGCCAAGAUCCCAUGGUAAAUAUUCAAGGAAAUGGCUGUCAGUUGGAGAAACAAGGUGAUGCCCUCUAUAAAGAUGAGGAGUUGGGUAAAGGCUUUAAUCAGAAUUUACAUCUUCAAGUUCACAAAGAUCACAAGGGAGGAAAACCUUACCAGGGGGAGGAGUGUGAAAAAGGUUUCAUUCAUCACUCUCGUCUUCAAACUAACCAGACAGCCCAUGUAGGAGAGAAGCCCUAUAAAUGUGAAAAAUGUGAAAACACCUUCCGUCGGCUUUCAAGCCUCCAAGCCCAUCAGAAGGUCCAUACCAGAGAUAAAUCAUAUAAGUAUGAUGUAUCGUGUAAGGGUUUCAGACAGAGGUUGUAUCUUCACCAUCAUCAGAGAGUCCCCACUGGAGAGAAUCCACAGAAAUAUGAGGAAUUUGGUAGGAACGUCAGGAAAAGCUCACAUUGUCAAGCUUCUCCAGUAGUCCACACAUUAGAGAAACCUUAUAAAUGUGAGGAGUGUGGGCUGAGCUUCAGUCAGAGUUCAUAUCUUCAAGUCCACCAGAGAGUCCACAUGGGAAAGAAACCUUAUAGAUGUGAAGAGUGUGGGAAGGGCUUCAGUUGGCGUUCACGACUGCAGGCUCAUCAGCGAAUCCACACUGGAGAGAAACCAUACAAAUGUGAGGCAUGUGGCAAGGGCUUUAGUUAUAGCUCACACCUUAACAUUCAUUGUAGAAUCCACACAGGAGAGAAACCCUAUAAAUGUGAAGAGUGUGGAAAAGGCUUCAGUGUAGGUUCACACCUUCAGGCACAUCAGGUAAGCCACACUGGAGAGAAACCUUACAAAUGUGAGGAGUGUGGGAAGGGCUUCUGUCGGGCCUCAAAUCUUCUGGACCAUCAGAGAGGCCACACUGGAGAGAAACCGUAUCAGUGUGAUGCAUGUGGAAAGGGCUUUAGUCGUAGCUCAGAUUUUAACAUUCAUUUUAGAGUCCACACAGGAGAGAAACCCUAUAAAUGUGAGGAAUGUGGGAAAGGCUUCAGUCAAGCCUCAAAUCUUUUGGCCCAUCAAAGAGGCCACACCGGAGAAAAACCAUACAAAUGUGGUACAUGUGGGAAGGGCUUCAGCCGGAGUUCAGAUCUCAACGUUCAUUGUAGAAUCCACACCGGAGAGAAACCCUAUAAAUGCGAGAAGUGUGGUAAGGCCUUCAGUCAGUUCUCGAGUCUUCAGGUGCAUCAGAGAGUCCACACAGGAGAGAAACCAUAUCAGUGUGCAGAGUGUGGGAAGGGCUUCAGUGUGGGUUCACAGCUUCAAGCCCAUCAGAGGUGCCACACUGGGGAAAAACCAUACCAAUGUGAGGAGUGUGGGAAAGGAUUCUGUCGGGCUUCAAAUUUUCUGGCUCAUCGUGGAGUCCACACAGGAGAGAAGCCAUACCGGUGUGAUGUGUGUGGUAAGCGUUUCAGACAGAGAUCCUAUCUUCAGGCCCACCAGAGGGUCCACACUGGAGAGAAACCGUACAAAUGUGAGGAGUGUGGGAAGGUCUUCAGCUGGAGCUCCUACCUUCAAGCCCAUCAGAGAGUUCACACUGGAGAAAAACCAUACAAAUGUGAGGAGUGUGGGAAGGGCUUCAGUUGGAGCUCAAGUCUUAUAAUUCACCAGCGAGUACAUGCCGAUGAUGAGGGUGAUAAGGACUUUCUCUCCCCGGAGAAAUCACAUAGGAAAGAAGCGCCAUAAAAUUAUAUGUUCUAAUACCUCAAAUGGGUGCUGAAACAGUCCAAUGAUCAGACCUGUCCUAGAAGACAUAGCAUUGGCUUAUAAAAGAGUCAGUAUUUAGCCAGGGCUUGACAUGUCAACAGUGGUUGAGUGGCCACACAGCAGGGAAGCCUCAUGAGAGUGGCGACAUAAGGACUUCAUUCAGAACCUUGACAUUUAGCAGAUACUACACAAGAGGAGAGGCUUAGGAAGGACCAAUCUGAUCUGAAAUUCACUGAAGGGUUGAGCUGGAAGUGCCAGGAUUUCUUCCGUUAGAAUACAAGCUCCAAGAGAAUAGAGAUUUGUUGACUGCCAUAUCUAUUCAGUCUUCUUAGUGCCUAACACAUGAUAGGUAUUUAAUAAUGUUAAAUGAAUGAAAGGGAGAACGGUCAUGUUUGAAAUUUUUAUUCAGUUCUCUAAGAACUAUGAAAUGUACUUAAAAGAUGAAUUCUGCAAGGCUUGGAGGACAUUUAAGUUAGACACAUAGACUCAUUUUCCCAACCCUGCAGGUCCUGUGAACAAAUGUUUAUCAACCUGCUAGUAGGUCCAAAAAUCACUUCAGGGGGUUGCGACCAGCACUUUUGUAUGCUAAUACUUUAUUGAGGUAUAAUUUGCAGACAGUAACACAUGUAAAUCUCAAGCUUAUAGCCUCAUGAAUUUUGACAAAUGUAUACACUUAUGUCAUCAUCACCAAGAUCGAUAUAUACAAUAUUUCUAUUAAACCAGAAUGUCUCCUUGUGUACA